AGUUCGUUGAGCAGGAAGCGCGCGGUGACUUCGAUCCAGAGUCUGCGUCGGCGACGGGCGGUGUGUACCGGGAGCUGCGACGGCACGAGCGGGGAAAGGGAAAGAUUAAGAAUAACCGCGGGCCUCGUCGGAGCUGUUUUAGCCGGUUUCGCCGCCAUUACAAGUAAAGUCUUUCAGAUCGCCGCCGUUUGCGUGGUCACAUCAGCCAGCGGGUCUCUGUCGUCUUGUGUGGGAUGAUGGUGGCGUGGGGGGGCCUUUGACCUAAUCACUGUAAAGGAUGUCUCUGUAUCCAUCUCUAGAGGACCUGAAGGUCGACAAAGUCAUCAAGGCCCAGGCCCAGUGUGCCCAGACCACCCCUACCAUGCCAGCCAUUGCUGAGGGAACCUACCAGCCGCAGCCUGCUACCCUUGGGAUGCCAGGAUCAAGCUUAUACCCAAACCUUGAGGAGCUCGGAGAGUAUAUGGGUCUAAGCCUACACAGUGAUGAAGUCCAGAGGAACUUGGCCUUGGUACCCGUUGCUGACAACCAGGUGGCAGUGCCCGCCAGUUCGGGAGUUGGGGGCAUGGUGCGGCCCGUGACAGGGGCAGAUGUUGGUAUCCGGAGGGCAGAGAUUCGUCCGGGUCUGCGGGAAGUCAUCCUCUGUAAGGACCAGGAUGGGAAAGUUGGCCUCCGGCUCAGGGCCAUUGACAACGGUGUGUUUAUCCAGCUGGUGCAAGCAAACUCCCCUGCAGCCCUGGCGGGCCUGCGCUUCGGGGACCAGGUUCUCCAAAUCAACGGGCAAAACUGUGCCGGCUGGAGCUUGGAUAAGGCCCACAAGGCCUUGAAGACGGCGUCUGAGACCCGCAUUGAGCUUAUUGUCCGAGACAGGCCAUUCCAGCGCACCAUCACCAUGCAUAAAGACAGCUCAGGCCACGUAGGCUUCAUCUACAAGUCUGGUAAAAUCACCUCGCUGGUCAAGGAUGGCUCUGCUGCCCGCAACGGUCUGCUCACCGAGCAUUACAUCUGUGAGAUCAAUGGACAAAACAUCAUCGGACUUAAGGAUUCUCAGAUCAAGGACAUUCUCACCACUUCUCCCACUACAAUGACCAUCACCAUCAUGCCGAAGUUCAUCUAUGAACACAUGAUCAAAAGGAUGUCCACCGGUCUCCUGAGGUCUGCCAUGGACCACUCUGUCCCUGAGGUGUGAGGACAGACGGCACACGGCGUAACGUGCACACCUCAUUCAGGAUGUCUACAAUCUCUAGAGAGAUCCCUCUCUUACUCCUCUUUCCUCUUUAUGUCUUCGUACCAAACUGCCCCCAGAUCAGUCAUUCUCAUCACCGCCAUUACUCCUUGUUAAUAUAACCUUUAAAGAUGCCUUCUUUUCUAUUUGUUUUCCCAGUUAUCUUUUUGUGUAAUCUAGUAUACCCCCUUUCCCCUUUUUUAUGUUUUCUCUGUUUUUAUGUUUUCCCUGUCUGUCUUCACUUGCCAUGACAUGUACUUUUUAUAUGUUAAUCUGAUCUAAUCUGAGUAUUGCUAUCUUGUUUUGUAGGCAGCAUUGAGGGCAGUACAUUCCUUUUACGUUAAGAUGUUUUUUUAAGCCAUGCCCAUUACCUUGAGUCAAGAGCUUCCUCCUUCAUCAUGGAGAUGGGUCACUGGCACGUGACCUUUCCUUUAUUCGUGUCGGAAUGCUGUAAAAGCCAAUGACCGCCCGAGGUCUCCAGAGGCCUACCAUAUGCAUUAUGGCUGCUUUCUCGUUCCCUACACUUGGGUCCCAACAAGUGUGCAUUAAUUGUGACUGUGCUGAGGCCUGAUUCAUCAAUAUGUUGUGUGAUUUCACGGAAGAUUUCACUGUACUGUACUUCUGAAGGGAUUAUGAAAACGGUGUCAUACUGUCAAGGAGGCAUGCUUUGAAUAAUGCCAGAAAUUGGCCCCAGUUUUGGCUAUAGGAAAGAAAAUGAACCCCCCCUCACCGCUUGUCACGUCGCGGCAUGUUUAGGAAACGGCGUGUCUCCAAACAAUACUUAAUAGAAAAAUUGAGGUUCCUGGAUUCCAUGUUCAUGCAAGGCUUCAGGUCUUGCAAGGCAAGUUACGUCAUCGAGCACCACUUUCUUCAAAUGAUGGUGGUCAUUGUACGUCGCAGUUUAACCCCACCCAUAUGUACAUUUCUUGAUGGGGGGAGGACUUAUUUCAUAUGUGUCAUUUUUUAGGUACAGGGAACAGUGUGCACAUUUCAGGGGGAAGUUUAGGGAAAAGGGCAGCAACUGCUGUUUGCUGCCCUCUGCAGCUGAGUCUUUUUAGCCCUGUCUAGGAAUAUUCUAGAGGCCUCCAGUGCCCCUGUGAAAUUGAAAGGAAGCGGCGGGCAAUAGGAACAGUUUAGCACAAUUGACGUGCGUUGAAUCAGUUCAUCUGGACACGUUUGUUGAGAAAAAUUUUUCAUCACUCAUCUAACGCCUCCUACAGGCUGUGUGAUUUUUAGCAGUCCUAUAAGAUUGCAAGCCGCACUGCAAUGUACGACAUCAAGUGUGACGUAUCUAGACUGUAUGAUGAUAACACCUACUGAUUCACAGGCUACGACGCCAAGUCCAUAAAAACGUCAUCAGCGUGGGUGCCGCAUCAGCGUGCACAAUCAAUCUGCACCGCUGGUAGAGCAACAUGACGCCAAACAGGAGUCGAGUCCUUUCCAUAGUCGCUGCAGCUCGUUUUGUUGCUCGUGUUGCUGAAUCCAUCACAUUUGGGUCACAGAUGCAAACAUUCUGUGUGGCGUUGACCAGGGCGUCACUGUGUGCUGCGUUUCUAUUGGUUGGUUAGUAGACGUAGGUCGUAGCAGCAGUCACAUUGUGAGACGGUCAUCCUACAUUUCUGACGCUGUCAGACUUUGGUCCCAGCUUAUCUUCGGUCGCAAGACCGUAAUAUUAGCCAUCUUUGAACUUGUCUCACAGUGCGACGUAGGACCACCAUUUUGGAGCCACGACCAAAGAUAUCACCACGUUUAGUCAUCUUUCAUCUGGGACGGCCCACAUUACACAGCCUGUAGGAGGCUUAAGUGACCUCUGAAGCGGUCACUUAAGCCUCCUACAGACUCAUCUAAAUGACUCACAUAGAUGAGUGGUGAGACGUUCCUCUCCAUAAGUGUUGUGCCCAGAUGAACUGGUUCUCCUUUCUUUGAUUUGGUUCACCUGGAUUAUUGAGAAUGAUAAAGACGUUUAGCACAAUUGGCAUGUCACUGGCUGUCAAAAAGCUUGGUGAACUUUUCAUUGUUAUGAAAGGCUGACGCCUUGUGCUCUCAGACCUGCUCAUGUCUUUGUGGGGAUUAAUUGUAAGUACGGUCGAUUUUUUUUUUUUGGACAAAGUCUUUGCUGGGUGGACCCACUAAGUGCACUUUCCACUACCUUUUAAGAGGUUCUUUCCUGUAUCCAUUUCAGCAAUUUAGUUUUUAUUUUGUUUGUGGUGCCUCAUGUUGAAAAUGUGUACUUUGUAUGUUAACCUUAGAAGAUUGCUUAAAUGUACUGUUAAAUUCAGUCCACUCAAAUUCAAGGUGUUUCCUGCCGCGUCACAGCUCCAGCAGGUGUAUGUUCUCCUAUGCUUGGCGUUGCUACGGUAUAUCCCUCAACUCUACCCUCCCUAACUGGUGAGCACAGUGAUACUGAGCUACUCACGGCCAAGUGAACUCCCACUUAUGCUGUACUCUCCCUCUUUUUUUAAUCAUAUUCAUUUGUUGAUGCAUGUAAUCUGUUAUUUUCUAGAAAUGUAAUCUGAUAAUUGAUAAUCUGUCAUCAUUCUGUAAAGAAAAAAAAUAGAAGAAUCUAAAAGUUUAUAUACGAAUGUAACCAAGAUAAUUAUUGUAAAACAAAUAAACAGUCUUUCUGUUGA